AAUACAGAUACAUGUAUGUACUUGUUAUUCAGAUCCAGUGAAUUAUGAGGUAACAGUGACACGAGAUUUCCAUAGCUGUGCUUUAAAUGGUCGGGGUGAUUUGGGAUUAUGGGGUUACUGUUUGGUCGACUGCCUGCCACGUGUGGGGUGUGCACAUGUGUUUCCUUCCGCCAUGCUUGUACCAUGGAGGUAUGAACUAUCAGUGUAUAUUGUUGCAUGUUUUGACUGCCUAAUCUCCCUAUGUCAUGAAUGUGAGCACUGGGGCGGAAUGUUUGUGUUUGCGAUAUAAAAAAUUACCGUGUUUAUCUACGGGUUUCGUCGGUUACUGCGGGUACCACGUGGAUGUGUUAACAAUCAGUUAUCAAGAAGACUACGAGUAGGCCUACCACGAGUGCGUCGUGAUUGGUUUUCUGUGCUUCAAUGGUUAUCAUGCGCCCAUACGUCAACUUCUACAGCAACAAUGACGAAAAUAGUGGAGCCAACGAUAGUGAAUUUUUCACCUUUGUUGCGGCUACACAAGUACAAAGAUGAUACCAAUACUCCAUUAGUAUUACUCAUGCCAUGGGCUACAGCCACCGAGAGGGCUCUAGAUCGGUUCCGUACACUCUACGCACGGCAGGGUUUCAAUGUCAUAACAGCAUACGCCACUCACCCUAAACUCUACAUGUGGCCUCAGACUGCUGUCCCCGUUGCAGCUGAAAUAUCCAAUUAUUUGAUCACGAAAACUGACGCGUCACCGAUUGUUGUGCAUGCCUUUUCUAUUGGUGCUUACAUCUACUCGGUGCUGCUAGCCCGUGUCAUGGAGCACAGCCGGGAGUUCAGAAAGCUGCAACCGAGAAUUCACGGCCAAGUGUUCGACAGCAUCGUCAUUGGUACGCUGAAGGAGCAGAGAUACGGGCUGUCUCAGAUACUGGCUAAAUCAUGGCUCCUCCGGCAGGUAAUCUUCUCGGCCACUUCGCUGUACUUCUAUCUCACUCGUAGUUACACAGUGGCACACUAUGACAGAUUCAUUGACAUCUUCUGGAACAACCCUUUCAAGACGUCCGUCUUGUGUAUCUACUCCUCUCAGGAUCCCAUGUGUAAGACAGAAUCCAUGGAGAGAUUGAUCGACUUGUGGAAAGUCCGCACGGGUAACGUGCCUCACUUUAAACAAUUUGACGGUUCCCAUCACGCCGAGUGCCUUCGUAAUUUUCCGGAAGAGUACGAAGAUUGCUUAGUAAAAUAUCUCAACACUCUAAACCUUGAUAAGGUUACAUCAAUUUCAAAACUAUAGAAUAAACAUUAAAAAAAACUGCAAAACAGGGAGCCAGUUUAAAGUCUGGGGGGAUACCAUUUUUUUUUUUGCGAGGCGGAUGCAGAGAAAAUAACUGCGAUAUCAGUCUGGAUAUCAAGUCUAGACGCUCCCCCUACACAAACUUGCAAAGGUCGCACUUUUGCCGUGUCGAACUCGACAAAUUUUCACUUGAUUUUCACUCGACAAUAAUUCAUAAUGAUAUGGUUUUCCACCGUAAGUUCUGGCCUUAUUAUUACCAACGUUGGUGAGUGGCGUUCAUCGACUUUUCUUAAAGCCAUUAUACACUUUCGGUAAACAGUAUUGUCCAAGUCCCACACUUCGUGUAUCACA